ACUCACAGUGGCGCGGCCGCCUUCCCACGCCCUAUGUACGUCACUUCCGGCGAGCGGCCGGGCCGGCCGGGCAGGGAGUGCGGGUCGCUUCUGUGUACGCUGCGGACGAGGCUCCCGCUGCCGAUUGACCCGCGCUCCGCCCCGUAGCCGGGCCGGGAUCCUGGAAGCUCAUGUCAGAAGAAAGUGACUCUCUUCGAACCAGCCCUUCUGCGGCCUCACUUUCGGAGAAUGAGCUGCCGCUGCCACCGCCACCCGCACCCAUUGGCUACGUGUGCUCGCUGACCGAGGAGCUGGUUGCCAAAGCCAGGGAGGAGCUGCAGGAGAAGCCAGAAUGGAGACUUCGCGAUGUCCAGGCCCUCCGUGACAUGGUGCGGAAGGAGUACCCCAAUCUGGGCACCUCCCUCGAGGACGCCUUCCUGCUGCGCUUCCUCCGAGCCCGCAAGUUUGACUAUGACCGGGCCCUGCAGCUCCUGGUCAACUACCACAGCUGCCGGAGAAGCUGGCCCGAGGUCUUCAACAACCUGAGGCCGUCGGCCUUAAAAGAGGUCCUGGCGUCCGGAUUCCUCACCGUGCUGCCCCACACCGACCCCAGGGGCUGCCACAUCCUCUGCAUCCGCCCAGACAGAUGGAUCCCAAGCAACUAUCCAAUUACCGAAAACAUCCGAGCCACAUACCUGACGUUAGAAAAACUCAUCCAGUCUGAAGAAACCCAGGUGAAUGGAAUUGUCAUUCUUGCAGACUACAAAGGAGUGAGCUUAUCCAAGGCAUCUCAUUUUGGCCCUUUCAUUGCCAAAAAGGUGAUUGGCAUCCUUCAGGACGGCUUCCCCAUUCGGAUAAAAGCAGUCCACGUAGUCAAUGAACCUCGAAUAUUUAAAGGCAUUUUUGCCAUCAUAAAACCAUUUCUGAAGGAGAAAAUAGCAAACAGAUUUUUCCUUCAUGGGUCUGACCUCAACUCUCUCCACACAAACCUUCCAAGAAACAUCCUCCCCAAGGAGUACGGGGGCACGGCUGGAGAGCUGGACAUCACUGCCUGGAACGCCGUGCUGCUGGCCUCGGAGGAGGACUUUGUGAGGGAGUUCUGCCAGCCGGUCCCUCCCUGCGACAGCAUCCUGGCCCCGGCGCCCGAGGCGCUGGGUCCAGAUGCGCCGUGUGAUGACUCCACGCGGGCCGUGAAAUCACAGCUGUACUCCUGCUAUUAGCCAGGCCCCGUGCAUGUCGCCAUCCUUAAAACCUUUCCCCCUCCCUCUGGAGAGGCACAAGGGGAGUUUGAGGUGCCAUGGAUUGUCUUGCUCCUUGUAAUUAAACUGCAGCUUGGAAGCCAAGCCUGUAGAGCCCCAAGGUGAGCCAUGGGGCCAGCCCUCGGUUACUGAGUCCCUCUCAAUGGACCCGGAUGAGGCUCCCCCCAGUGAUCCCACAUGUUUGAAAUCCCAGUGUAUAGCCAUUGAUUUAGAAGCCGUGUGUGGUUCUUCUACAUCUCUGAGCAAGAAAAACCAGGACCAAAGUCACUCUGAUCCUGUGUUCCAGGAUAAAACAGCCUGAUUGGCCGUGAAAAGUUUGGCCCAGCCUGCAGGAUGGCCACACAGAUGGUGGGAGUUUGUGUCUGUCACGUGAACCCUUACUACAGACCUCGGCUGUGCCUCAAGAAACUUCAUGACGAAGGUCCAUCACUGGGGCUGGACAGCACCUUCACUGAACGAUGCAAGCACCAGGACAGAAGCAGCACCUCCUGAUCAAGUUUGGGAGCCAGGGACCUCACGCCUCUGGGAUUUAUGGGUUGAAUCUUGCAAUAGGAACUGAAGUUUUUCCCAAACCCAUAAAGCCUUAGUCCUGGUUCUCAAUAGAGUCAUACAUGAUCCUAGAUUAUUGUGUACCUAAAACCCUGGAUGCCAGGAGGUCUGCAGAGCUUAAACAGUUCUGGCCUAAGAAUUGAGAGACCUGGGCCCAGCCUCAGAUGUGUGACUCUGGAUAAGACUGAGCCUCUGUGGGCCUCCGUUUUCUCAUCUGUAAAGUGAGGCCGAAUGAAGUGAUGCCCAGGGCCCUUUUGGCUGCUACUGAGGUUCUGGGAUUUGAUUUAGUUAUCUAUUAAAUAUUAGAUAGCGGUUUCCUGCCUAGAAAGAUGACUCUCUAGGUCCCAGUGGUUGGUUUCUGAUUUUCGUGGUAUGCACGGGCCUUUCCCAGAGGCAUACGCCACUUUUUGGUCCCACCUUUUAAAGAAACUAACAUGUAUAUUCCUGGGACUCAGCAGUACCCAUUUUCUUUUCAUGGUGAAGACUAAAUUUGAAAAGGAUGGCCUUCGUGAGAGCAGGUGAGAUGCCCAGGAUCUUGGGAUGAAUACUUUCAUCCCUGAGACUCUGGCAAUAUAUUUUAAACUUGGCAAUGAUGGAUGGUUAAGUUACUUGGGGUUCAUAAAUUCUGGCUUCUGAAUAUGAACACAAGGGGAAGUUAUUCUGGGACCCCCCCUCCCCCAACCCACUUGAGUUUCUCUUUCUUGUGUCCAGCCAGACUGAAUGUUAGUUCUGCAUUUCGGCACUUUAGACCCUUCCUGUCAAGAAAUGAGCCUUAGCCCAAGCGUCAUAUUAGGUGAUUCAUCUGAUGGCUUUUGACCUAUUUCCUUUCAUCUUCAUUCCAUGCAAAUUGUGUUAAAAAGUGACAAGUACCACACGUUGUGUAUGUACCUUCUCUGUGCAUUUGUUAGACCAGCAGGCAAGGUGGAUGGCUGUUAGGACUAGAACUGUCCUCUGAAAUUCAAAGGCCAGUCAGUUGUUAAUAAGCUGUUCAACUCUCUAGCACUUUUUAAAAUGUCUGGAGAAAGUUGUUGAUGGAACUUACUUACCUCGUUAGUACCAAUUCCAGGGAAAACUCUUUUCACCAGAUAUAACCCUGGAUGCUCUAGGGACCUGGCUGGGCCGGAAGUCAAAAUGCACACCCUUGGCUGCCGCUAGUCCCAUCUGACAAUGAUAAUGUGACCAGCACUGCUGGAAAGGUCUAAACAGGACGACUGGGAUGGCUAUAGCAGAGGGUUCAGAACCCAACUGCCUGGAUGGGAGAACUGGUUAGAGGUUUUCUUAAGUCCCAGAGAGGACAGAGAGUUAAAAAACAGUUAGACAGGAAUCAUUGAGCCCGCCAAAUUUCCAAGGUUUAACUGUGCAUUGCAUUCCUGGCCAAAUUGCCUUUGUCCGUGUGUCCUAACAGAGGGAUGACCAAGCUCAUCUAGAGAAAUUUCUCAAAGACCAGGAAGGAUGUUGCCCAUUUCCCAGACGUUUCCAGUUGGAUCAAGGAGCUAUUUCAUUCAGCUUCGGAAAGGAGUCAGAGCCAAGCCUGUCUACCUUCUGGAGCUGCUAUGUUUUCUUUUGGCUCUGGAGGAUCAAAUGGUUUUGGCACAUCAGGAGGUUUGAAUCAAGCUGGGAAACCAAGACCACAAUGGGUGGAAACAUGGCGGUCUCCACACGGCUUGACCAGGUGUCUGCGUAAAGUUGCCCCAGCGGAUUGGGGGGAGCCCAUAGGAGCAUCCGGGAGCUUCGCUCAGUAGUGAGGUCACAGUGAUAGAGCAAGUAAGAGAACACUGGUUUUCCUUCAGGGAAAAGUUCCUACGCAUUUCACCAACACCUGAAAAUUACCUUUUCCUUAAAUUCAGGGUAGUGUGGUGUAGGUAAGGGAGAAGAACAGUAAACCGGGAGACCUGUCAGCUUUACUUUGCCAGGGGGCCUUGCAUCAGCCACUUAACACUCCUGAAUCAUCUAUAUGGCAAAGGGGAGCUACACUCUUGAGCUCUGAACCCUUUGUUCCUGGCAUCGAAGGUUUUGUUUUUUCCCCAUUUGGGUUAUUCUUUAGGAAAUUUAGGUCUGAAUGAAUUGACACCUAAAGCUUCCAAGUGAAUCUGUCAGCCUGGUGAUGUGGGAGAUUGUCUUCCUCCUUUUCUAAACAAAAUUGUGGAAUACUAUACUCUUCCUGGAAUCCUAUUCUCCCUUCACGGGCAGAAGCUGGACAAAUCUAUAGAAACAGCCAGAAAUGCAACCCUGGCUUGCCCUCCUGUGUUUCUUACUUGCUCUUGGCAAAGGUGGCUCUAGCUCCCCUAUACUUCAUCCUGCUUUCACAAGAAGCCACCUGUCCUUAAGGGUUUCCCAACAUUUCAGUUCAGAUACUUUUUUGCCAGAAAUAGAGUCAGGGUAAUGAGAGAUAUUUUUUCUUAAUUCCCAUGAGCUAUUAAGCCUUUCAGAAUUCUUCCUGGGUGGGCAGUUGCUUUAAAUGCCCUGAUUCUCAGAUCAGUCAUAGGAUUGCUUUUUCAUUUGGGCAGGUGAAAGCUCCAGUACUGUUGUGGCAUUAUUAUAAUGCCUCAUUUUAAGGUUUUUUUUUUUUCUUUUGCUUUUUUGGGACUACACCUGUGGCAUAUGGAAGUUCCCAGGCUAGAGACUCAAUCAGAGCCACAGCUGCCAGCCUACACCACAGCCACAGCAAUGCCAGAUCCUUAACCCACUGAGCAGGGCCAGGGAGCGAACCCACAUCCUUAUGGAUACCAGCUGGGUUCUUAACCUGCUGAACCAAGACGGGAACUCCCUUAAAGUUUUCCUUUGAAAUCUCUUCUUUCAUUUAGGAAGGAAAAUAAGUAGCUGUCGUGUGGCCAGAGAAUAUGGAGAUGCCAAAUAGAAACAUAGCGACUGUUCAGGAGAGGUGUCAGUUCUGCUCAUGCGCCUCAGUCCUGGGAUCUGUGAAUUUUGUAAAUCUCAAGUAAAUGCCCUUCUGCUCUGACUCAGAAAUGGUCUGCUUGAAAUAGAAAUAAUAAACAAUGUCAGAGUCAAAUAUUCUUUUAUAGGGUCUGCUCCAUGGAAAGGCCCAGGCUGAUUUGUGGAUGGCAACGCUAGUGACCAAUUGACUCUUUGCCAAUUAUCUGCUUUUCCUUUCAUCUCACUGGCGCCAUGUUUAGUUGGGCAGUUAAGUAGCUGCCAUUGGGAUUCUGAUGGAUAUGCCUUGGCCUCUCGGCAUAUCAGGUGGGAAGCUGUUACAAACGAAACACUUGAAACUUCUCUGGGGCCAAGAGCCUCUGACACCCCCUCCGAAGGGGUGAGAGGUGGACUUUGUGACCAGACAGGGGCACCAUUUCAGCCACUGGUCGCAUUCCUCGCUUCAAACUGAAAUUCAGUUUGGCUUCAAGUAUGGGGACACGUGGUGGAUUCAUCUACUUCAGUGUUUGUUUCGAUCAAAAGUUUAUUUUUCUAGUGCAUUUUCUAAGUCAAAAUGGUGAAAACAUGUACUUUUAGUAUGCAUGACUGGGUCUUAAAUAAUAAAAAUCUCUGUAAGGUUGAGUGCGUGUGGAGCUCCUCUGUGACGACAGCUUGGGGUAAAAGCUCUGAGAGUUUAUUCACGGUGCACCACGGCCCAGGCAGAGCCUCUUUCCUGGUGGGGCCAGAAGUACUGCGGCGGCAUGUGUGUUCCCUGGCUGGCUGCCUCUGGAGAUCGUGUGCAGUGAGAGACACCGAUGUGAAGAAAGGAGGUGCAGCUAGAGGCACACAGUGACAGAGGUGAUACACAAACUUCUAGCAAGACCCAGAUGGACUUCCCAGACUGGCCUUGACUUGAUAGCUAACAAUUCCUGAGUGCUCAUGUGGGCUGGGCAUCUGUUGUGUUAGGUGCUUCACAUACAUAAUCUCAUUUAAGGCUCAAGGACCCUCAAUAAAAUUAUUGUCCCUGUAGAGAAAAGUGAGGCACAGAGACGUUAAGCAGCUUGCCCAAGGACACACAGCUUAGUCAAGAAGUAGCACUAGGAUUCAAGGCCAGGCAGUCUUACGGGAGGGCACUAUUUCCUCCUGAUGGUUGGAGCCAGGCUGUGCAGUUAGCCCCCCAGACAGACUAGAGAGGGGAAAAGGAAGGACUUAUAGGGUAACCAAGUCAGUGUAAAAACUGACUUGUUUUCUGAUUUCUUGGGAAAUACAAAGCACAAGUUCUUAACCUCGAGACCCAAGUCGUUGAACAUUUUUCUCUGGAAGCACCUAUGAGUGACUCCACACUCCUUGAGGGGUGACUAGGGCAUGGCUUGAUCCGCUCUGGUCCCAUACUGUUUAGCUGCCCCCCGUCUGUCUCCCCAGAGAAGAGGCUAGGUCGCCGUGGUGGGUGUAGUGUGCUAGGGAUGGGUGGAUUGAGAACACUCAGGAUAGCCAUAUCCUUACUGUUGGCUUCUGAUGAUGCAAUAGGCAGGGACUUAAGCUGCAACAUACCAGCUCUCCAGGUCAGCUUCUCUUAGGAAUCUGAACUCAAGUCUAUUUCUCAUAUUUGGAAAAACUACAGCUACUGGCUCCAAUCCUUUUUACCUCAUAACAGUAUUACAGGGAUCAACUUAAGUUACUUUACAAGCCAUGGGAGUUACUUUCAAUGUUAUGAGUCAGCACUUUCUGGCUUUUUUCUACAACACCUCCUCAUUUUCCCCAGUGCCCACUCUUCAUAUAGGACUGGUCAGCACGCCCAUAUAAUCAGUGGUCCCAAAUCUUUCAUGUUAUUAUAUUUAAGGUAGGGAUAUAAAAUCUUUUAGGGUACCACUUUUCUGGAAAAAAAUUUUUAACAAAAUGCCCACCCUCUUACCUGGUAAGACGCCCCUCACCUGGGAAGAUAGCAGUUACUGCCUUCAGGGAGCUGCUAACUUUCCUUCAUCAGUGAUGGGUAGUUUAGAGACCUCACUGGUUCCCCUACAUGUCUCUAAACAGUUUCUAGUUUAUCUUAUUGCCUACAUCCUAAUAGGCCAAGGGAAACUGGGGUUUAAUUGAGGGAAAAAAAAAAAAAAAAAAGCCCUAGGUUUGUUUUUCUGUUUUGCCUCUUACUGUGGGCAAGACACGAACCUUUCUAAACCUCAGUUUGAUCUAUAAAAUGGGACAAAUGUCUACUCAUUGCUUGGUACCAGAUGCUAUUCUGAGAUGGCUCUUAUUUUUCCUUACCUGAGGAUUUAGGCAUAGUGUGGCUUGAGUCACCCAACAGUAACUAGGAGACCACUCAGUAGGUGUCUGAUUUGAUCUCCUAGGUAACACGAUGGAUAGAUGAAGUGUAAAGAGAUGAACAUGACAUCGAUAGGCAUAAGCCUGCUAUCUGCCAUCAAUCCACUGAGGUCAAAUGCACAGCUCAUAUUAUCGAAUACUCACUUCAGCUUGAAUGCGUGAAAAACAUAAUCAAGCAGGGACUUGUAAUGGACAAAAAGGCUGUCCUGGUUUAAAUUACACCUGAGUUAUGGUUUUGGUCCAGAACAUCAAAAGCACUGAAAACCAGGUCUAUGACCAUUCUUUAGGAGCAUCUUUGAUUGUCAAGAGAGUUUUAUUUCCCAUCCUAGCAAGAGCAACCUAGAAAGUGAACAUUCAGCAAGGGCCUACAAGCUUUCUCCCAGCUUGAAAGCAUGUAAAAGUGGCGGCCACAGCUGCUGCCUUUGAUGAAUCCCUAGAGCACACUGCUGACCUCAAAGCCAGGGCUCCCAAUCUGUGAAAGUGGUGGGUAGGUCUGUUCCUGGUCAUGAGACACGAGGUGACUCUCCUAAUCAGAUGACACCAUGAGGUCUGAGGAUUCAAAAUGCUUCUUGCUUUCAAGUAUGAUCUUGGGCUUACUCAAAAUCCUGAAUUUUUUCAUGCUGGUAUACAAUUUAGCACUCAAUAUGUAUAAUUCACUUGAGUCCUGAGUAAAAUACCAGGUGUCCUAGCAACAGGCCAACUUUAAUUUAUUCUUAGGGCAUAACCAAGUAAAGCAGGGACACUGCCCCCUCGUUUUUAAAGAGAAUUUUUGUUAUUUCAAAUUAGGUCAAAGUUAUCAUCAUGAGAAAAAAAAUAAAAACUUUAUUGGACUUUGUUACACUUAUUUUACAGCUUAUUGCUUUUGGUUUAAGGAACAUAAGGUGGGGGAAUGGUACAUGGUCAUGUUUUUGAAGUUCCGGACCUUUAAAAGUCUUAAUCUGGCUGGCUCUGCUUGAAGGAAAAUGGAGUGAUUGCUUUAUACUAGCAAAGUAAGGUGCUGUACCUCCCCUCUCUGUCCCCUAAAUCCCCCGCAACUUUAUCUCCGUACCAUAGCAUAAAGUACUGGUUUAAAAGGUGGCAGUUCAAACAAUUCCUAUCAAGCCCUGCUUCCUGACCCUUCACCUACAGCUCAACUGAGAUUGUCUCCUCUAUGUCCCAUGGGUUUAAUCCUGUAAAAAAAAAAAACACCUCAAGUCUAACCUCCAUUAGAUUAUGGCUGAACAACUCUGACCUUUGACUAUUGUCUAGUCUCAUUUUAGCCCAAACUAAGAUUAGCAGCUACCACUUGAGGGCUUAAAAGGGGGUCAACACUUUUACAAAGUGACUUUACUCUCUAAACAAGUUUAUAUACUAGGUACUGUCUUUUGUUCAACCGAAAACACUGAGGCUCAGAUAGCUUAUCAUUUGCCCAAGGUCAUAAAGUAUCGUAUAUACUCAAUAAAUAUUAACUGACCUGUUUAGCUCAUAGGAAAUGACAAAGCUGUCUGCAAACGCAAACAGCCCAACUCCCAAGCCCAUUCCCUUGGCCAUUCUUAGGGACUAUCUCCAUCUUCCUUCUGGCACAACUUGUUCCUCCCCUUCCUGUUUUUCUCACCGUAUCAAUGGAACCACCAUGGACUCAGGCGAUUAAACCAGCCUCAUUCAGGAAUCUACCUCUCCCCCAGAGCGCAUCAGUUGCCAAUUUGAAAAUUUUAAUUACUAAGUAGCUCUUGUCUGUCAGUUUUUCUCCAUUUUGACUUUUCUGUUACAGAUCUCAUGUGGACUGUCUCUGGUCUCAUCCCUCUAAAUCUCUUCUCUAUGUAUCAGGCGCAGUGACUGAAGAUGCCAUUUGUCUUAUGUCACUCUGAAUAUGUUCUCUGCUGCCCUCACUUAAGGUCCAAACUCUUUAGUGUGGUUUACAAAGCCCUCAAUGACCUAGUCCCUGCCAACCGCUCCCAUGCCAGCUUUACUGAACACCUUAUUUUUUAAAAAAAUCUCCCAACCCUUAACCACGGUCUAGUCUACCCUCAGCAGUGCCAUUCCACUUCCCCGUUUCUCUCUUACUAGCUAACUUGUAACUCUUCUUGGCUUAGACAGCACUUUUUCCAAGAAGCCUACCAUGACUCCUGCCCCUACCCAGCAUCACUCCUGGGAGUUCUCUGCAAUUCCUAAAUCACAGCACUAAUUACAACAUACUGUAUCACCUGUCAGCUCACUUCACCCUCCGGAAAACUCUGAGUCCAAGAUGGCAGAGCUCACGUCUGUCAUGGUUAAAGCUGUAUCCCAGCACCUGACAGGGCGCUAAAAGAAAGAACCAUUCUGCCACCCUCUGUGCUACCUUUCUUGAAGAAGUUUCCCAAGGUGCUUGUCUUAUCUCUCAUCUAUCCAAGAGUCUUCACCAGAAAAGAUAUUUAGUAUAAUUUUUAGUAUAAGUUCAAAACUUACUCACCAGUCAGACCUUAAGUUUUAGAAAAAAGAGGAGCAUUCUGCUAGUGCUUGGUAAACCUGACUGCCCACAGAAGUCUACGAAACAUAGGAUGGCUGCUAACUCAUAAAAGCUGUUAAAGAAAGGGCCUUAAAAGCUUAAUCUUUCUGUUUUAAUCAAAGACUUUUAUAGUGCAAAUAUAAUAAAUUCACAUGCAUUGUACUUUUACAUACUGAUAACAAGAGAAUUACAGAGACCAAAGUCGCACUGUUUUCCCAAGUGAAUCUUCACUUUAACCAAACCUACAAAGCACUUAUUGAAAUUAACAUUUCUGGCAAAGCCACAGGCUUGAAUCAAGCAGCAUCAAUGCUGUAGUAUAUAAAAA